CUCUCAAAGUCCCAAGAGAAGAAGAAGAGCUUGCCCAUGGAGCCUCACAACAUCACUCCUCCACAAGGGCUGACACGGGAGGAGUUUGCCGGGCUGGAGGAGGUCAUCCGGGCGCACCACUCGUUCCCUCGGGCUCCCGGGACGUGCACGUCUCUCAUCACGCAGCGCAUCGAUGCACCGCUCCGGGCGGUGUGGCCCAUCGUCCGGAGAUUCGACCGCCCGCAGCGGUACAAGCACUUCAUCAAGAGCUGCAACCUCACCUCGGGGGAUGGUGGCGUGGGGAGCGUACGGGAAGUGACUGUGAUCUCCGGCCUCCCUGCAUCGACGAGCACCGAGAGGCUGGAGAUUUUGGACGAUGAGCGGCAUAUACUUAGCUUCAGCGUCAUGGGCGGAGAGCACCGCCUCAAGAACUACCGCUCGGUCACGUCGGUGACCGAGUUCAUAAGGGACGACGGGAAGCCAUAUACGAUCGUUCUGGAGUCGUACGUCGUCGACAUACCGGAGGGAAACACGGAGGAGGAUACCAAGAUGUUUGUCGACACUGUCGUGAGGCUCAACUUGCAGAAGCUUUCAGCGGUGGCGAUGGCUUCCGUGUAAGAAGGAAUACUUGACGGUGGUGAUGUUGAUGAUGAUGGCAACAUGAUAGAGGUCAUGAUGGGUUUCUUCUUUUCCCUUUUUCUUGUAUAAUUUUUUUUUUUUUUAACCUAAAAGUUUUAUUCUGAAUUCGAAUGUCUAGUGUUUGAGGAGGGGGAAGCAAGUGGGUUGGUCUUCCAAUGCAGGUUUGCUGUGUAUAUUCCUAGUUUGGUGGGUUCUUGUUUUAAUUUGGUGUAGCAAAAUGUUAAGGGAAGAGUGGAUCUUUGCUUCAGACUCUCUCCAUCUCUCUUUCUAAAUUGAGUGUAAACCGUGAAAGCUCUUAGGAUAUGAAGCCCAAUUGAAGGCCGUCGAUCCUCCAUGAUGCACCAUCAGCUUUCCACCUAGAAACCUACUCCGUUAUAUCUUAGGUUGGGCCACGAGAGAGUAAACCAUUUAUUGGACGGUCAAGAGCCUAUGCAAUAUUGGAGGUGAAGCGGUUGGUGGGCUAGGUAGACAGGGACGGUGGCCUUUGAGAGGCUUGAGAUGAAUGAGGGGGUCAGAGUGAGGGAAGCCGAGAAAAGUUUGGUUGGCGAAUUGGAAAGGAAGCUAGAGAGAGGCGUGGGUGGAGGAGCCUGCAGUAAGAGAAGAACGAGGCUUCUUUGGACGUAAAAAAAGCGCUGAUAUCGACGGACAGGCACAAAGGUGAGGCUUGGGCCUGGGAGACAUGUGAAGGGACCUUGGGAGACAUGUGACACCAGCCCCAGAAUCUCCUUCUUUGGUUGUGUGCCCCUCCACUUACCAAGCUCUCCUCCUGGCAACAGCUAACAAACUCGAAAGGGACCACCCUACUACUCUCUCCUGAACUCGCCCUCCUUCCAGCCUCGGAAUUGCUGUUCCACGACAAAGAGCGUUGGAAUCAUAACCCACGGAAGGGCCCCCUCUUAGGAUGGCUAAAAUUUCAUCUGAACAGCCUAGAAUGAUGCCCAGUCUGCAUGGUUUUUUCUUUUUUUCUUCUUUUUUUUUCGUGGGGUUCGAUUCGUAGCAUGCAUUUGUGCUCUUGUUUUGGUUUUCCUUGGAUGGGUUUGUGGCUGGCCAUAUUAGCUCCUUUUUUUUGCUCCCUGUAGAAGAUCUAACGCUUGUUUCUGUUUCCCUUGCACAAUUUGUAAAUAGAAACAAGGCGGGCUGCCACCUUUUCUUAAAAACAAAAAAAAACAAAAAGUA